GUCGUCAGAACAUUAAACAGGCGACCUGACUUUGGAUAAUACGACAAAAGAGAGCUACAGAUCCAUAUAAUGUUACUUUAAGAUUAAACUCUUUUGGAAAAUCUAGUGAACCACGACGUACCCUACUGUUUGUAUUUUAACGUCGUUUAGACUACGCCGGUUGUUUGUGGGUUUACGCACGCAAGGAAGCGAACAGGUGAAGUACACCUGUUCAAAAUUUUAACAAGAGCUGUCUAAUCAUGAGUAUUAUCUGAAACAGAGUGGAACCUUUUCUCACCGUGGUAGACUCCGAGGGCGGACUGACUACGUGUUGCGUUGCUGAAUCGCUCACCCUUGCCCUUUAGCGACGGAACCUGAAACUGUUCAUUGGAGUCCUUUAAAGUGUUAUGGGAAAUCGGGUGGAAAAGCUGACACAUUUGAGUUAUAAUGAAGUCCCCACGACGGACCCAAACGGACACGAACAGGACGACGAUGGUCCACGCAUCGGAGUAUCGUACAUAUUCUCAAAUGAUGACGACGAGCAAGAGGAGAACAUAGAUGGGACUGAGAAUGAUGCGAACGACGAUGGAAAAGAAUAUGACAACCGCAACGAUACGGGAUGCUCGGUGUAUUACCGCGAUGAAUGUAUUUACGAAAGAAAUAUAAACUCUAUAGAGAUGGGUACGCAUCCUUGCGAGAACUUGCUAAACAAAUGCAAUCCUGGCGAUCUGGUGGAAUUUGUGACAGUCGGACAGUAUCCACAUUGGGUGGUAUAUGUGGGAGACUUUCAGGUGGUUCACCUACAAAGAAGUGAGAUUAAACUAAACUUUCUUUCUGACGCAAGUCAAGGUAGAAGAGGCAGAAUAGUGAACGACUUGUAUAAAUUCCGUCCUUUGAACUCGGAUGUUGUGGUGCAGAACGCAAUGGAUCAAGUCGGCGCGAAAGAUCAACAUGUUUGCUGGAGAAACUCUGAAUGCUUUGCCGCUUGGUGCAGAUUUGGAAAGCGUGAAUUCAAAAUGGGGGGCGAGAUUCGGAUUGGCAAACAGCCAUACAGGAUGAAAUUGCAACUGUGUGAAAAGAAAAGUCACGUUUUGGAAUUUCAAAGUCUGGAGGAUUUAAUCAUGGAAAAGAGAAGAAAUGACCAAAUAGGGAGAGAUGCUGUGAUCCAGGAGCUGGCAAAUCAUUUGAACUGCAGUGAAGAAAUCCCCAACGAUUAUGGUUGUAAUUGAUCAAAUUGAAUCGUUUAACUGUGGAUCACUCUACAUGUAUGCUUAGUCGUAAAAUCUUAACAGACAAAGUUGAUAAGCAAUUGAUCCCAAAUUUUGCCCCCAAUAAAUACUUAUAUUGCAUUAGAAUUUACAGUAUCAGGAUAGGCAACUUUUAUAAUCAGAUAGGCCUACUCUUUUUUUAACUCAUCCAUUAUACUGUCAGCAAGUUUCUUUUACCUACUCUCAGAUUUCAUAGGCUGUGAUUUUCUCUGACAGAGUUGCGCUGAAAGAGAGCUUUUCCUUUUUAAAUCUUGUCAAAUUUAAUUAUGCACUUAUUUGAAAUCCAUUACAUGUGUUCUAUCUUUGUAUGGACACUGUAAACCUCAGUCAGUCAAUAAAGCAUGUUUAUUUUCGCUAAACAUUUGCUUUUUAAACUCAGUCUUUUUCUGUGGUACUUGAUACAGUGGUUUCAGGAAAGAGGUAGUGUAGAAUAAUUAUCUUCUUCCCAGGAGAAAUUGCCAUUUUAGCAUCUUCAUUCUGUGAUUUUUACCGAGCUAUGGAGCUAUUAACUGGACCAGAUUGAUUUCAGCCAUCAAAUCCUUGGAUCAUUUUGCAAUAUGUCUUAUUUAAAACAUCAGAAAAACAUCUACAGGAACAGUUUGGGUGGGAUUUAGGUAACAAUUAUUUGCUAAAGCUUAUCCAGAAAAUAUAGUCAGGAAAGGGGUGUGUGAUAAAUCUUCAUUCUGAUCACGUGACUAGCUGACUUUGAUUUCGUUUGUGUAAAUAUAUUUUUGCAGCCUAGGUAGUCUUAUGUAAUAUAUGGUAAACUUUUCAUGGUUUUCCCAAAUCCACUUGGACAUCUUUUCAGGAAUGUUGAAUGACAUGGCAUAGCUUCAACUCAUCAGAUAAUUACCAAUCUUGUCAUAAAUUGAAAUGGAUGUUUGUUGUGCUGUGCUAAAACUCUCCAUGACCUGAGAUUGAUGCCCCAGAUCUAACACUCAGCCCUUUUUGCUAUGAUGACUUGUCAGUAUGGUAAAUUACCCAGAGUGUGUGAUGUAAGGUACUUUACCUAGAGUGUGUGAUGUAAGGUACAUUACCCAGACGCUGUGAAAGGCACAUGUAAAGUCUGAGUAGCUUCUGUACAUUUGCAUCAUAAUACCAGGCUGAAGAUUCCUAAAUUUGGCAGAAACUGUAAGAUUAUAUCGCCUACGUAAAUCUUUGUUUACCCAAAGAAGAGAGGAUUUACCCACUGCUACUGGAAUGAUGAUGUACAGAGAGUAAUGGAAGACAGCUGCUCUAUAUCAAAUGUUUCAAAGUAAAAGGCCUAAUGAGAUUUGAAUGUCAGUACUAGCCACUUUGUCACCAGAUGUUGUCCACAUGAAAUCAAACCUAUAGUCAUAUGCAAUCUUCAAUCUUUAUUUUAACUAAAACAAAGGCAUCAUUUGUUUUGUAAAUACUAUGGUCUCUUACAGAACAAACACCUGAUGAUUUGGUAAUAUUAAAAUUAUUUUAAUUAUACAUGCAAUCACUAAUUUAUUAUGUAAUGUGCCACUAAAAAUGAAAGCACAAUUGAUGUAUUUAAAUAUAUAUUUGUUCCAUAAGGAUUUGAGUGACUAAACUUACUUUCCCACCUUUUAAACUGUAUU